UGACAGGUUUUCCCGUUUAUUCCCACGCUUGAGUUAUUCCUCUAAUCUUCCUCCAUUGUAAGAUUUUGUUCUUGACGCAGAAAAGGCCUUUCACUUGCAAGCAACUCUCGUGUGUGGUCUACUCCGAAUUUCUUAGUAAACCAUCCGUGUCGGCAUUUACAGUCAUUCUCUUUUCGGCUUCCGGGGACCACUAAUACCGGUUGGAAGUUCAGGUUGACGAACGACAGCGAAGCUUACCAGUUCUGUGCUAUUGAAGAUGCUUUCUGCUCGUCUGACCCUCAGGCGGGCACCUAUCCAUCGUUUUAACCGCGUAAUGUCCUCAUCAACUGCAGGAGUAGCUGCUCUUCCUCUACAACAGACUUCCAUAGAAGUAGAAGAAGCCCAGUUUCAAGAGAGAAUUUCGGAAGUGAACACGUUCUUCUCGCAACCCCGGUUCAAGUCCACUAAGCGGACGUACUCCGCCUCGGACAUCGCGUCGAAGCAAGGAUCAUUACCUGUUCUUCCCCUCCCCUCCAAUCUGCUUGCCGACAAACUUCAUGCAAUCCUUUCUAAGGCUGCUGAUGCCGGAAAGCCCGUUCUUACGAUGGGAGCUAUCGACCCAGUCCAGAUGACCCAAAUGGCUCGUCAUCAAGAAAUUGUUUACGUUUCGGGAUGGGCGUGUUCGAGUGUGCUUACGACGGGAAAUAACGACGUUGGUCCGGAUUUCGGUGAUUACCCUUACACUACCGUACCCAACCAAGUUCAUCGAAUAUUCCGCGCACAGCAGCUCCAUGACAAGAAACAUUACGAUGAACGCAUCUCAGCUACCCCCGAGCAGCGGAAGAAGAUGGAAUACGUAGAUUAUCUCAGACCUAUCAUCGCCGACGCUGAUACUGGACACGGUGGACUAUCAGCAGUGAUGAAAUUAACUAAACUUUUCGCUGAAUCUGGUGCAGCAGGGAUUCACUUCGAGGACCAAUUACACGGUGGCAAAAAGUGCGGGCACCUAGCGGGAAAGGUUCUCGUUCCGUCAUCCACCCACACUUCGCGUCUCAUAUCGGCCCGCUUCCAACUAGACUUGAUGAAAUCUACUGUGCUCAUUAUCGCAAGGACGGACGCAGAAUCUGGCAAGCUGAUAUCGUCCACGGUUGAUGUGGAUGACCAUGAGUUCCUCAUGGGCACGACCGUUCCUGGAAAACCCUUGGCAGAGUUGAUUGCGGAAGCCGAGAUAAAAGGAGCUUCAGGAGAAGAAAUCAACCGAAUUGAGAAGGUGUGGACAGAAGAGCAUCAUUUAGUAACCUUCGGCCAAGCCGUGGAAGCUGCAAUCAAGGAAUCUACCAUCAGAGACAAGGAAAGCGCUUACAAAGCAUUUGUGGCUGCGACGACCGGAAAGUCCAUCGCAGACGCGAGAGAGGUUGUGAAGGAUAUCUUGGGAGCAUCGGUAUUUUGGGACUGCGAAACGCCUCGCACGCGAGAAGGGUACUAUCAUAUGACUGGUGGUCUCGCUCCUGCAAUUAAGAGGGCUACAAUAUUCGCUCCAUACGCCGACCUGAUCUGGCUGGAAACAAAAACACCGAAUAUCGAAGAAGCUAGAUACUUUGCUAGAAAGAUUCGGGAAAAACAUCCUGGCACAUGGUUCGUUUAUAAUUUGAGCCCUAGUUUCAAUUGGUCAGCGCAUGGGUUCUCCGAAACUGACCUCAAGAACUUCUGUUGGGAGUUGGGCAAAGAGGGUUUCGUCCUGCAGUUGAUCUCCUUAGCCGGAUUACACAGCAAUGCCACAGCAACAGCCGAGCUUGCUGCUCGUUACAAGGAAGAUGGUAUGCUCGCCUAUGUCCAACUCGUGCAGCAAAAGGAAAAGGAAAUCGGCUGUGAUGUUUUGACGCAUCAGAAAUGGAGCGGCGCAAAUUAUAUUGACAAGAUAUUGCAAAGUGUGUCCUCUGGCUCGUCGAGCACCUCUGCCGUCGGAAAGGAUUCUACCGAAACCUCAUUUUAGUCUUCCCACUGUAUGUAUCUUCACCAAGUCAGGAAAGAAUAUAUUACUCUAAGUGAA